UUUAUUUUUGUGAAUUUUGCCCAACCGUGAAUUAAACCAUCUUCCGUUCCGCCAUGGGUCAACUGGCUUCAAAGGUGAUCCGCAAGGCUAACCGCUUCAAUGUGGAAAAUCGCGCCCAUCGUGUCUUGGAACGAGAGAAGCCAACACCGGCACCCAAAUUUGAUUCCAAUUUGAGGGACAUGGAGCGGACCUUAGAACUUGACCCGAAGUUUGUAGAUAAACUAAAUGCCAAGGAUGCCACAUUGGACAGCCGAUUGAAAGAUGUUUAUGUAACCUCGCAGGAUCGAUUUAUUAAGCGAGUUCAGGAGCGCCAGGCAGCGGAGGCGGCGGCAGACACAAAGGAGGAGCGAGUGCUUCCCAAGGACCGAAAGACUCCGGAAGACUUUGAAUAUGGUUACUUGGAGCCUACACGUGUCACCCCUGGAAGGUGUACGUUGCGGCAAGCCUUGCAGUUCAUCAAUGAUCACCAGCUGGAUCCGGAAUCCUGGCCAGUUAAUAAGAUAGCUAAUGAAUACAAGCUCAAAGAGCCUCAUGUUGAAAACAUCCUACAUUAUUUUAAAACAUUCAACGUGUACAUACCCGAUCAGAAGUAUAAGGAUACGCUCCUCACGCAGGCUAAGCAGCAGUUUAUUGAAAACAAAUCCGAUAGCAGUAAAUAAAUAAAUGGCAAUUGUUAGUUGUUUUAA